AUGUCGUACAAAAGCUGGAACCCGGACUGCAAAGUUUACGUGGGCAAUCUCCAGGACAACUGUCUCAAGUCUGAGGUGGAGGGCGCCUUCUCAAAGUUCGGCCCGUUGAAAAACGUCUGGGUUGCUCGCAAUCCACCUGGAUUCGCCUUUGUCGAGUUUGAGGACAGCCGCGACGCCGAAGACGCGGUCCGUGCUCUGGAUGGAACCCGAAUUGGCAGCUCCCGCGUGCGAGUGGAAAUGUCGCAUGGACGAAGCCGUCGCCGCAGCAGUCGCUCUAGGUCUCGCUCACCGCCGAGAAGGCGCUACUCAAGUCGCACUCCGAGCAGAUCGCGCUCUCGCUCUCGUUCGAUUUCGCGAAACCGCCCGCGAACUCCUCCGUCUCGAUCCAUGUCCCGCGAGCGCCGCUGA